GUUAUUUUAAGCUGAAUUUCCGUCCGCAGAAGAAGAAGUGCCUCACUCGUUGGAUAGAUCGGACUCAGUGAACUUGCACAAUUUCUGGUGUUAAACCUUUGUUAGAAACCUACGCCAUAACGAACCAUAGAAAUGGCAAAAGUUCCCGCAGUCGGCAUUGAUUUGGGGACGACGUAUUCGUGUGUAGGAGUGUUCCAGCAUGGAAAGGUUGAUAUUAUUGCGAAUGAUCAAGGCAAUCGGACAACACCAUCUUAUGUGGCUUUUACCGAUACCGAGCGGCUUAUUGGUGAUGCAGCCAAAAAUCAAGUAGCAAUGAAUCCAAAUAAUACCAUUUUUGAUGCGAAACGGUUGAUCGGUCGUAAGUUUGAUGAUCCAACGGUCCAGAGUGAUAUGAAGCACUGGCCGUUCGAAGUAAUAAGUGACGCUGGUAAACCGAAACUGCAAGUGGAAUAUAAGGGCGAGAAAAAAUCAUUUUUCCCGGAGGAAGUCUCAUCGAUGGUGCUCAUUAAGAUGAAGGAAACUGCUGAAGCUUACCUUGGGAAAAAUAUUGCAAAUGCUGUUAUAACAGUACCUGCGUACUUUAAUGAUUCUCAGCGUCAAGCAACAAAGGAUGCAGGUGCAAUAGCUGGCUUGAAUGUGCUACGUAUCAUCAACGAACCGACAGCUGCCGCAAUUGCGUACGGGUUGGAUAAAACAGGCGUGGGUGAGCGCAAUGUUCUUAUCUUUGAUCUUGGCGGCGGUACCUUCGACGUUUCUAUCCUCACUAUUGAGGACGGUAUUUUUGAGGUCAAGUCCACAGCAGGCGAUACACAUCUAGGAGGAGAAGAUUUCGAUAACCGAAUGGUCUCACAUUUUGUGGAAGAGUUUAAACGUAAGAAUAAGAAGGACAUCUCAACCAACAAACGAGCAUUGCGUCGUCUGCGUACGGCUUGUGAACGUGCGAAGCGCACUUUGUCAGCAUCAACCCAGGCAAGCAUUGAAAUCGAUUCGCUUUUCGAAGGGAUUGAUUUCUACACUUCGAUGACGAGAGCCCGUUUUGAAGAACUCAAUUCAGAUUUGUUCCGUGACACGAUGGAACCAGUGGCUAAAGCCCUACGGGACGCCAAGAUGGAUAAAGGUAAUAUACACGACAUAGUUUUGGUUGGUGGUUCAACUCGGAUUCCGAAGGUACAGAAACUUCUGCAGGAUUUCUUCAAUGGGAAGGAAUUGAAUAAAUCCAUCAACCCCGAUGAAGCUGUCGCAUACGGUGCUACAGUACAAGCGGCAAUCUUGCAAGGUGAUACUUCGGAGGCGGUCCAGGAUUUACUUUUGUUGGAUGUCACGCCACUGUCAUUAGGAAUCGAAACGGCUGGAGGAGUAAUGACCGUUCUGAUCAAGCGAAAUACCACGAUACCGACGAAGCAAACCCAAACAUUCACUACCUACUCGGACAAUCAACCUGGCGUUCUGAUUCAAGUCUUUGAAGGAGAACGGGCCAUGACGAAAGACAACAAUCUUCUUGGAAAAUUUGAACUCAGUGGUAUUCCACCUGCUCCGCGCGGAGUGCCACAGAUUGAAGUCACAUUCGAUAUUGAUGCCAACGGUAUCAUGAAUGUAUCUGCUAUUGAGAAAUCGACUAACAAAGAAAAUCGUAUCACAAUCACUAACGAUAAGGGACGUCUAAGUAAAGAGGACAUAGAUCGUAUGGUGAAUGAGGCGGAAAAGUUCCGCAACGAGGAUGAGAAGCAACGCGAAAAGAUUUCCGCCAAAAAUUCUCUUGAAUCAUAUUGUUUCAACAUGAAGUCAACUAUGGAAGAAACAAGUAUCAAAGAAAAGAUAUCCGAAGCGAACAAGACACUUAUUCUGGACAAAUGUAAUGCGACUAUUUCGUGGCUCGAUGCAAACCAGACGGCGGAAAAGGAUGAGUUUGAGCACAAACAAAAAGAACUGGAAGCCGUCUGUAAUCCAAUCCUUCAGAAAUUGUAUCAAGGUGCUGGCGAAAUGCCGACAGGCGGUAUGCCAGGAGCAAGCGGGCCUUCACCGACCUCUGGUGCUGGUCCGACGAUUGAGGAAGUGGAUUAAUAUACUACACAUAAAUACUUUUUUUGACAAUAAAAUUAAGGAA